GCGGCGUUCAUUUUACAAUCAGCGGUCGAGCGGGCAGCAAACGCUCAGAAGAAACACCUCACAUAGCACCCCAUACGGUCCUAUGAAACAACAUUUGUGAAACGUAACGAGACUACAAAGGAAAUUCCAGUGCAGAUUUCUAAAUUAGUUUUGAUUCGCUGCCACAGUCUAGUUUGGCAUAUUUCAUAAAAGUUCGCGAGAAAGUUGCAUUUGCAUAACCAGAAGAAGCGAGGCUCCGGCGAUUAUAUAAUUGCAGUGUAUUUCGAUUGGGCAGAAGCGCAUCUCCAGCUCCACGGCGACUUCAACAAUGACGGGUUACGAGGUGGCCAAUGGCAAUGGCACAGCCAAGACCAACGGAAGCAGCAAUGGACACAGCAACGGCCACAAGGCGGCGGACUACACAGCCCAGGAGAAUCCCACAAUGUGCUCCCGCGACUGUUGCUCCGGACCGGGGGGCUCCAAUCGAGGCAACACCUGUACGGACAAGAAGGGCGCCAAGGCGGGCAGUCUGAACGGCGAAAAGAUCAUACCCACUCCACAGAGCCUGCUCGGAAAUGGAAAAAUCCAAUGCGAGCUAACGCCCGAAGAGUUAAGGGCCUUGCGGGUCCUCAACGAAGACACGUAUCCCUAUGAGGUCAUCGAGGAGAUCGCCGACUUCAUUACCAAGGGCUCCGGCAUGCGCCCCAAGAUCGGGAUCAUUUGCGGCUCUGGGCUCGGCUCGCUGGCCGACAUCAUCCAGGACCCGAAGAUCUUCGAGUACGAGAAGAUCCCCAACUUCCCGGUGUCCACAGUGGAGGGCCAUGCCGGACGACUGGUGGUCGGCACCCUCGAGGGCGCCACCGUGAUGGCGAUGCAGGGAAGGUUCCACUUCUACGAGGGCUACCCGCUGGCCAAGUGCUCGAUGCCGGUGCGCGUGAUGAAGCUGUGCGGGGUGGAGUACCUGUUCGCCACGAAUGCGGCGGGCGGCAUCAAUCCGCGAUUCGCGGUGGGCGACAUCAUGCUGAUGCACGACCAUGUCAACAUGCUGGGCUUCGCCGGCAACUCCCCGCUCCAGGGACCCAAUGACCCGCGCUUCGGACCCCGAUUCCCCGCCUUGGUUAACUCGUACAACAAGGAGCUGAUCAACAAGGCCAUCGAGAUCGGCAAGGCCAUGGGCAUCGAGUCGAACAUCCAUGUGGGCGUAUACUCCUGCCUGGGCGGUCCCAACUACGAGACCAUCGCCGAACUGAAGGCACUGCGCAUGAUGGGCGUGGAUGCGGUGGGCAUGUCCACCGUCCACGAGGUCAUCACCGCCCGGCACUGCGACAUGAAGGUGUUCGCCUUCAGCCUGAUCACGAAUAAGUGCGCCACCGAGUACAGCGAUAAGAAGGAUGAGGAGGCCAACCACGAGGAGGUCAUGGCUGUGGCCAAGAACCGGCAGAAGGCCUGCUGCGAGCUGGUGGCCCGACUGGUCCGGGAAAUCCACAUGUCAUCCGCUUAGGCAGCGACCGAGGAAAUAGCGUUGGAUUCUAAAUUUAACAUUAGUAAAUUCACUAGACUCGCCUCUAAGACUCACAUGACACGGAUUGUCCCAAAAGUUACAGUAUAAGCCUAGGGAGUAGUUUAACUAAAUUAUGUAAAAUAAACUAGAAAUAUCUCACUCAA